GAAGCAGACAAACAGAUGUUGUCAAACGAAGACAUGAAUACCUGACAUGAACUUUUAAUCGAAGUUAAAAGUAGGUGAACGUUGUGGACGCGCUGGAGGAACUUUGAAGGGCAAUAGAGAGAAGCUGCUGAUUUCCUUUUUUUGCAGAGUGGAUUUGCUACAUACAUAUGAGGAGGCGGACCUCUGACUGCGUGCUCAAUAUGCUGAAAGCAAGCCCGAUGUGUGCAUACUGUAUGUGGGAGUACAGAGACUAUUUUGUCUUAAUUCAAUCAUGAGGAUCGGGAUACAUUGCACUUUAAACCGCGUUGGAUACACAGUUUGUUUUUUUUGGCAGCAAGCUAUAUAGCCUAUUUAUUUGGCCGUGUGUUUUUUUUCAGACAGAAGAUUCCAUACUAUCCAUUUGCACUUUUUUUUUUAUUUUCUUUUGAAGUUGACUUUAACAAAGUAGACUACCGGUUUGCCUCAGAGCUAGCUCCCUUUUACAUCGUUUUUUAUAAAAUCGGAUAUAUUGAUCCUUAAGGAACACAUGAGGGGAAUCUAUUGACGUCUAACGUUACUUCGUGGCAUGUCACACAAUGGUGUCAUUUUCGGAUGGAGUUUUGAGGUCCUAUAUCUUCAUUUGAAGUUCUGAACACUUGGAUUAGGCUAGAUCAUUAUUUUUGUAGACAGGCUUAGAAUUCAUUAUAGAUGCAAAUAGUGGAACAUUUAUUUGUUACACCAACAGAUCCUAUAGACUAUUUUGCUGUUAUAGACCACAUCAUAUGAGUAUAUCUGAACACUGCUGUUUUUUAAAAGUUGGGUGCAUUUUAUCUAACAACUGUUGUGUCUGACGUUCCAUUCUUGUGACUCGACACAUUCGAAUAUUUCUGCCCAAAACGUAAUUCUCUACGUAGUCUUGGCACCCGGUUGAAUCCUUGGAGAAAGCUUUCCAUUUUGGCACAGCCAUCGUUUGAUUUAUCAUCCCUUCACACGGAAAACAAUUAGUGGCUUCCCCUCACGAUGAGUUACUUAUACCAAGCAGUGAUUUUAUUGCUACGUGGACUCGUCAUCUCUGCGGUACUGGGAUUGGAAAGCAGCUACUCAAAUGAUAUGUUGAAUCGUGCGUCUGAUGCCGCAAUUGUAGCCACGACAGACCCCUGUCUGACGGUGAUGCCGCCAUGCAUGGGCGAUGCAGACCGUUUCAGCCUGGAGGCCCUCCGGGUCAUCCACAAACAGCUGGACGACGAUAAUGACGGGGGGAUUGAGGUCAACGAGAGUGUGGAGUUUAUUAGAGAAGACAUGAAGCAACAGCAAACGAACAAACACAGUAACCUGCACAGAGAAGACCAACACAUCACUGUGGAGGAGCUGUGGAAGGGCUGGAAAACCUCUGAAGUUCACAACUGGACAACAGAUGACACGGUCCAGUGGCUUAGGGAGUCGGUGGAGCUGCCUCAGUAUGAGAGGAACUUCAGAGACUUCCGGUUCAAUGGAAACACUCUGCCUCGAUUAGCGGCAAACGAACCGUCGUUUAUGUCUGGUCAGCUAAAGAUAUUAGACCAGCGGCACAAACAGAAACUAAAUCUUAAAGCCCUAGAUGCUGUGCUCUUCGGCCCUCCCUUACGUCCACAACACAACUGGAUGAAGGACUUUGUGUUGAUGGUAUCUAUAGUGAUCGGGAUGGGGGGCUGCUGGUUCGCCUACAUCCAGAACAAGUCUUCCAAGGUGCACAUGAGUCAGAUGAUGAAGGACUUGGAGAGCCUGCAGAGUGCUGAGCAGAGCCUCAUGGAUCUUCAGGGACGCCUCGAAAAGGCCCAGGAGGAGAACCGCACGGUGGCGGUGGAGAAGCAGAACCUGGAGCAGAAGAUGAGGUAUGAGAUCAGUGGCGCCAAGAAGGAGUCGUACCGCCUCCGGGAGCUCCGCCAGGGGGCCGAGUGUGAGCUCAGCCGCCUCAAAUAUGCUGAGGAGGAGCUGGUGCAGGUGCGUAUGGCCCUGAAGCGUGCGGAGAAGGAGAUGCAGACAGAGUGGUCGGUCCCAGAGGCCCUGCAGAUGUGGCUCCAACUCACCCACGAGGUGGAGGUCCAAUAUUACAACAUCAAGAAACACAGCGCGGAGCUACAGCUCACUGUCGCCAAGGAAGAGGCAGAGAAAAUCAAAAAGAAGAGGAGUUCUGUGUUUGGAACACUUCACGUCGCCCACAGUUCAUCACUGGAUGAAGUGGACCACAAGAUCCUAGAGGCCAAGAAGUCCCUGUCGGAGGUGACGGCCUGCCUGAGGGAGCGCCUCCACCGCUGGCAGCAGAUUGAGAAGCUAUGCGGCUUCCCCCUGGUGCACAACUCUGGGCUGCCCAGCCUGACUGCCACCCUGUACUCUGACCACAGCUGGGUGGUCAUGCCCCGCGUCUCCGUGCCCCCCUACCCCAUCGCCGGCGGGGUGGACGACCUCGACGAGGACACGCCUCCAAUCAUUCCACAAUUCACCUCUUCUAUAAAGCGGCCACCUCUGACGCGCAGCAGCAGCCUGUGUCGGUCCCGCCGGAGUCUCUACAGCACCCCGCAGCCGUCAAUGAUGUCUGCCGACCCUGACCUGCUCUCUAUGGCCAGCCCACCCCUCUCCUACCACCCAGAGGGUGAAGAAGAACACAUCAUCUUCAUCGAGAGAAAGGGGGACACUCAGGAUACGUCCUCAGACACAGACUCUCUCAACUCCUCCAUGGGACGGAAACAGUCCUAUGCCAACCCCUGCACGCCAGGCCCAGAGCCCCCCUACCGCAAGAUCUCCCGCGAGGAGCUGAUGAUGCUGAGCCAGCAGGAGCCUCAGACUUACAUCCGGGACUCACCCCCUCCUCAAGGGGGAGUUGCGUCCCUCUCGACUUCCUCCUCGGCCAACCCCUCCCCUGCCCUGGAGCACCACUCACACUCCCACACGCACUCGCACAAACACAAGGGCUCACCCGACCUCACCCGUGGCUCCAUCCCAGAGUCCCACAGCAUGUCCUUCACCACCCCCACGGCGGGAAACAAGGCCGUGUUCAACGGCAUCCUGGAGAAGUCCUAUAGCAUGGGCCAGCUGCCCGCGGGAAUGACGGGGCCAGGGGGGGUGGUGGUGGUGGGGCGCAACCCAUCCCUCACCUCACUGGACAACGAGGGCAGGGGGGUGGGGGCAAAGGAGAAGAAGCUACAGAGAACCUCCUCUCAGGACUCCUGUGACAACGGAGACAAGACCAAGAAGUCCUCGUCCAAGAUCAAGAGCUUGUUCAAGAAGAAAAAGUAGUAGUACUCAGAGAGAGAGGGGACGGGACAACAAAAAGGAUCAAGAUGAAGUCAUUUUAGCCUUAAUAAAAAAUGGACGUUGUCAACGGAAGCUAAAACAAUUUGUUUUGUGCCAUUGUUCCUUUUUUUUUCUUCAAAGAUGGAAUGUAGCUCUGUCUGGGCACCUCAAUAAUGCCCUUUAAUUAAUUGUUUUUGCUCACUCAUAGCCUCAAAGUCAAGGCUUCAAAGGUCACAGAAAGUUUAAAAGGUAAAGGGUCAUGCCGGCUGCCAUCCCCCAGACAACCGUGAAAAGCACGAGCCUGCUCACUCAACGUCUUCUGGUUCUUUUUCAGUUGAAGAAACAAAAAAAUACAUUUCACUUGUGUUCCAUCUGGGGGUUGAGGGGCUUGUGCUUGACACAUUUAUUUUCAGAAGAGAAAAAAAAAAUACUACUUAAGUUUGUUGCACUACUGCUUUCCUGUUUUCUGGGAAAGGGCCGCCACUGCUCGCAGAGUAAAUAUUAAUGUAUACAGUACAGAUGAGAAUGAUGUAUGGGGAAGAGGCAUUGGAGAUGCAACACAUGGUAGGCUAUUGAAGCCAAAAUCGCUUGGUGUUUCCAAUGUUUUUUGCAAUGGGUUUUAUUUAUAUACACACACACACACACACUGAGUAUACCAAACAUUAGGAACACCUUCCUAAUAUUGAGUAGCACCCACACUUUUUGCCCUCACAACAGUCUCAAUCGUCGGGGCAUGGACUCGACAAGGUGUCGAAGGCGUUCCACAGGGAUGCUGGCCCAUGUUGACUCCAAUGCUUCCCAUAGUUGUGUCAAGUUGUCUGGAUGUACUUUGGGUGGUGGACCAUUCUUGAUACACAUGAGAAACUGUUGAGUGAGAAAAACCUUGUGGUGUUGCAGUUCUUGACACAAACCGGUGUGCCUGGCACCUACUACCGUACCCCGUUCGAAGGCACUUAAAUCUUUUGUUUUACCUAUUCACCCUCUGAAUGGGACAUAUACACAAUCCAUGACUCGGUUGUCUCAAGGCUUAGAAAUCCUUAUUUAACCUGUCUCCUCCCCUUCAGCAACACUGAUUGAAGUGGAUUUAAGUAGUGACAUCAAUAAGCGAUCAUAGCUUUCAUCUAGAUUGACCUGGUCAAUUAUGGAAAGAGCAGGUGUUCUUAAUGUUUUGUGUGCGUGAGUGUGUGAGUAUAUAUAUAAACACACUACAUAUAGAAAAGUAUGUGGACACCCCUUCAAAUCAGUUGAUUCGGCUAUUUCAGCCAUAUCCGUUGCUGACGGGUGUAUAAAAUCGAGCACACAGCCAUGCAAUAUCCAUAGACAAACAUUGUCAGUAGAAUGGCCUUAGUGAAGAGCUUUCAACGUGGCACUGUCAUAGGAUGCCACCUACCCAGCAAGUUAGUUCGUCAAAUUUCUGCCCUGCUAGAACUGCCCCAGGUCAACUGUAAGUGCUGUUAGUGUGAAGUGGCAACGUCUAGGAGCGACAACGGCUCAGUCAUGAAGUAGUAGGCCACACAAGCUCACAGAACGUAACCGCCGAGUGCUGAAAAUUGUCUGUCUGCGCUUGCAACACUGACUACAGAGUUCCAAACUGGAAGCAAUGCCAAGCGUUGGCUGGAGAGGUGUAAAGCUUGCUGCCAUUGGACUCUGGAGCAGUGGAAACGCAAGUUUGCUGGAGGGGGAAUAAUGGUCUGGGGCUGUUUCAUGGUUUGGGCUAGGCCCUGUUGUUCCAGUGACGGAAAGUCUUAACACUACAGCAUACAAUGACGUUCUAGACAAUUCUGUGCUUCUAACUUCAUGGCAACAGUUUGGGGAAGGCCCUUUCCUGUUUCAGCAUGACAAUGCCCCCAUGCAAAGUGAGGUCCAUACAGAAAUGGUUUGUCGAUGUGGAAGAACUGGACUGGCCUGUACAGAGCCCUGACCUCAACCCCAUCGAACAACUUUGGGAUGUAUUGAAACGCCGACUGCAAGCCAGGCCUAAUCGCCCAACAUCAUUGCUCGACCUCACUAAUGCUCCCCCCGCAGCAAUGUUCCAUCAUCUAGUGGAAAGCCUUCCUAGAAGAGUGGAGGCUGUUAUAGCUGCAAAGGGGGGACCGACUACAUAUUAAUGGCCAUGAUUUGGGAAUGAGAUGUUCGAUGAGCAGGGGUUUCACAUCCUUUUGGUCAUGUUGUGUGUAUGUAUAUAUACAGUACGAGUCAAAAGUUUUGGCACACCUACUAAUUCAAGGGUUUUUCUUUAUUUUCUAAUUUCUACAUUGUAGAAUAAUAGUGAAGACAUCAAAACAAUUAAAUAACACAUGGAAUCAUGUAGUAACGAAAAAGUGUUAAACAAAUCAAAAUAUAUUUUAUAUUUAAGUUUCUUCAAAGUAGCCACCCUUUGCCUUGAUGACAGCUUUGCACACUCUUGGCAUUCUAUCAACCAGCGUCACCUAGGACGCUUUUCCAACAGUCUUGAAGGAGUUCCCACAUAUGCUGCGCACUUGUUGGCUGCUUUUCCUUCACUCUGCGCGGUGCAACUCAUCCCAAACCAUCUCAAUUGGGUUGAGGUCAGGUGAUUGUGGAGGCCAGGUCAUCUGAUGCAGCAGUCCAUCACUAUCCUUCUUGGUCAAUUAGCCCUUACACAGCCAGGAGGUGUGUUGGGUCAUUGUACAGUUGAAAAACAAAUGAUAGUCCCACUAAGCGCAAACCAGAUGGGAUGGCGUAUUGCUGUAGAAUGCUGUGGUAGCCAUACUGGUUAAGUGUGCCUUGAAUUCUAAAAAUAAUCUGUGUUACCAGCAAAGCACCCCCACACCAUCACACCUCCUCCUCCAUGCUUCACGGUAGUAACCACACAUGCGGAGAUCAUCCUUUCACCUACUCUGCGUCUCGCAGACACGGCGGUUGGAACCAAAAAUCUCAAAUUUGGACUCAUCAGAUCAAGGACAGAUAUCCACCGGUCUAAUGUCCAUUGCUUGUGUUUCUUGGCCCAAGCAAGUCUCUUCUUCUUAUUGGUGUCCUUUAGUAGUGGUUUCUUUGCAGCAAAUUGACCAUGAAGGCCUGACUCAAGCAGUCUCGUCUGAACAGUUGAUGUUGAGAUGUGUCUGUUACUUGAACCCUGUGAAACAUUUUUUGGGGCUGCAAUUUCUGAGGCUGGUAACUAUUGAACUUAUCCUCUGCAGCAGAGGUAACUCUGUGUCUUCCUUUCCUGUGGCGGUCCUCAUGAGAGCCAGUUUCAUCGUAGCGCUUGAUGGUUUUUGCAACUGCACUUGUAGAAACUUUAAAAGUUCUUGACAUGUUUCGUAUUGACUGACCUUCAUGUCUUGAAGUAAUGAUGGACUGUCAUUUCUCUUUGCUUAUUUCAGCUGUUCUUGCCAUAAUAUGGGAUUGGUAUUUCACCAAAUAGGGCUAUCUUCUGUAUGCCACCCCUACCUUGUCACAGCUGAUUGGCUCAAAUGCAUUAAGAAGGAAAGAAAUUCCACAAAUUAAGUUUGUGGAAUGGCUCACCUGUUAAUUGAAAUGCAUUCCAGGUGACUACCUCAUGAAGCUGGUUGAUAGAAUGCCAAGAGUGUGCAAAGCUGUCAUCAAGGCAAAGGGUGGCUACUUUGAAGAAUCUCAAAUAACGUAGUUAGAUUUUUUUAACACUUUUUUUGGUUGCAUGAUUCCAUAUGUGUUAUUUCAUAGUUUUGAUGUCUUCACUAUUAUUCUACAGUGUAGAAAAUAGUAAAAAUAAAGAAAAAACAUGGAAUGAGAAGGUAUCCAAAAUUUUAACUGGUACUGUGUGUGUGUGUCUGUGUGUAUAUAUAUACAUAUACACACACACACACACAGUUGAAGUGGGAAGUUUACGUACACCUUAGCCUAAUACAUUUAAACUCAGUUUUUCACAAUUCCUGACAUUUAAUCCUAGUAAAAAUUCCCUGUCUUAGGUCAGUUAGGAUCACCACUUUAUUUUAAGAAUGUGAAAUGUCAGAAUAAUAGUAGAGAGAAUUAUAUAUUUCAGCUUUUAUUUCUUUCAUCACAUUCCCAGUGGGUCAGAAGUUUACAUACACUCAAUUAGUAUUUUGUAGCAUUGCCUUUUAAUUGUUUAACUUGGGUCAAACAUUUCGGGAAGUCUUCAACAAGCUUCCCACAAUAAGUUGGGUGAAUUUUGGCCCAUUCCUCCUAACAGAGCUGGUGUAACUGAGUCAGGUUUGUAGGCCUCCUUACUCACACACUCUUUUUCAGUUCUGCCCACACAUUUUCUAUAGGAUUGAGGUCAGGGCUUUGUGAUGGCCACUCCAAUACCUUGACUUAUGCCAUUUUGCCACAACUUUGGAAGUAUGCUUGGAGUAUUUAUUUAUUUUUUAUUUUUUUAUUUAUCCGUUAUUUUACCAGGUAAGUUGACUGAGAACACGUUCUCAUUUGCAGCAACGACCUGGGGAAUAGUUACAGGGGAGAGGAGGGGGAUGAAUGAGCCAAUUGUAAACUGGGGAUUAUUAGGUGACCGUGAUGGUUGAGGGCCAGAUUGGGAAUUUAUGCUCAAGUAUGCUUGAGAUGUUGCUUCAAUAUAUCCACAUCAUUUUCCUCCCUCAUGAUGCCAUCUAUUUUGUGAAGUGUACCAGUCUCUCCUGCAGCAAAGCACCCCCACAACAUGAUGCUGCCACCCCCGUGCUUCAUGGUUGAGAUGGCGUUCUUCAGCUUGCAAGCUUCCCCCUUUUUCCUCCAAACAUAACGAUAGUCAUAAUGGCCAAAGAGUUCUAUUUUUGUUUCAUCAGACCAGAGGACAUUUCUCCAAGAAGUACUAUCUUUGUCCCAAUGUGCAGUUGCAAACUGUAGUCUGCUUUUUUAUGGCGGUUUUGGAGCAGUGGCUUCUUCCUUGCCGACCGGCCUUUCAGGUUAUGUCGAUAUAGGACUCGUUUUACUGUGUAUAUAGAUACUUUUGUACCUGUUUCCUCCAGCAUCUUCACAAGGUCCUUUGCUGUUGUUCUGGGAUUGAUUUGCACUUUUCGCACCAAAGUACGUUCAUCUCUAGGAGACAGAACGCGUCUCCUUCCUGAGCGGUAUGACAGCAUCAGAAGCUUCUCAAGCCAUGACAUCUUUUUCUGGAAUUUUCCAAGCUGUUUAAAGGCACAGUCAACUUAGUGUAUGUAAACUUCUGAUUCACUAGAAUUGUGAUACAGUGAAAUAAUCUGUCUGUAAACAGUUGUUGGGAAAAUGACGUGUCAUGCACAAAGUAGAUGUCCUAACCGACUUCCCAAAACUAGUUUGUUAACAAGAAAUUUGUGGAGUGGUUGAAAAACGAGUUUUAAUGACUCCAACCUAAGUGUAUGUUAACUUCCGGCUUCAGCUGUAUAUAGUAUCUGGACUUUGUUUUUACAUUAUUUUGUUCUUGUAGCCAUUUUUUAAAUAGAAAUGUGAUUUCUAGUGGUCGGGGUUCACAAGGACUGACUACGUUUUUUACUGAAGAGUGAUAAAGAAUAUGCAGAUUUUACCCAUACCCUUAACUUCCCUGUCUUUGUAAACAUCCCUGAGCUUUUCCUGGACAUUUUACCCUUACUCUAACCUGUUACCUCUUUCAACUCCUUUCUCCACUGUUUACCGAUACGCUAUGGAAGGGAAUGGUCACUAGCCAAUGUACAUAGUAGGAGACAAGCUUAGCUGAAGAGUAAAGUUAAUGGGUUCUGUUUUAUCAUAUGCAUUUGUAAUAUCAGAAUUCUACAGAUAUGACAUAUUUACUAUCAUAGUGUAUUCCUACAUCCUACAUCCACAAAAAAAAAAAAAUUGUGAUAGAUGAGCAGGAGGUAGGAAUGUUUACGAGACGUUAGCAGAUUUCUUUGAACAUUUGGUGUGUGAAUAUUUGUAUACCAUAGACAAAUUAAUAAAGCAUACCAAUGCUGUC